AUGGCCAAACCUUUCAACCAGGCCAUCUCAAUCUCGAAGGUACCACUCGACGCCUCUGCUGCGCCCGCCGACCAUGCUCUCCAGCUACUAACGUACAACCAGAAAUACACACAAGGCUCCACCGGCAUCUGGGAAACCAUCCGUCGCGUAUUUUCGGUUGAUCCCAACCGCAGCAACGGCAUUCCGAUCAAGCACUUUCGCAAUCCGACUCCUGGAGCCCUAGAUCCCAAAGACUACGACGACCCAGUCACCAUCCCUGCUGCCGAUAUCGCUGACAACCCCUACUGGAAGCGUGAUGUGCGCCGGGCGUAUCCGGUGUCAUCGUAUAUAACUCAAGGAGAUGCGGUGGGGCUGUUGAGUAUGGGCAGUGCGGCUGCACCGAGCCCAAAACUGUUGGCUGGAGAGGAGGGUGCGAAACAAUUGGUGGCGGUGAAGGAGGAGGGCGGCAAGGGUCUGGCGGUGUUCUUCGAGGGUGAGAAGGGACUGGGUGCUCAGGUUCUCGGAGAAGGAGGGAUGCCCCCAAUGCCGGUUCAGUCGCGGGCCAAGGGCACAGUGGGUGCCGAGAAGUACGAACUCGCUGAAAGUCAGACUUAUAACAACCAGUAUCCCUGUCGGACUUUUGUCUGA